AUGCAUGAGCGGUCAUUAAGUGAUAUUAAAGGGAUUCCAAAGAUAAAACCUGUUUUGCUAAAACUACUCGGAAACAAUUUGUGGAACCAAGAACUGGAUUACGAUGUUGCCGAGGAAACACUAAGACAUGACAUGCAAUUCAACCAACUUAAUGCUGAGCAACGUGCGAUUUACGAAUCAGUCUUAGACUAUAUUGAUAAAAUGGAUGGGAAGCUAUUCUUUGUAUAUGGCGCAUGCGGCACAUGGAAAACAUUCCUAUACCAAACCAGUAUAUCCAAAAUUCGAUCAAGAAAACAAAUAGUUCUACCGGUUGCCUCUUCAGGAAUACCUGCAUUGCUACUACCUAACGGUGGAACAACACAUUCACGCUUUAAUAUCCCUUUAAAGCUCUUCGAAGGUAAGCUCUGCAACAUCAAACCAGGAACAAUGCUGGCUGAACUAAUCGAGAAAACAGAUCUUAUAAUUUGGGACGAAGCACCUAUGACCCACAAGCAUGCUUUUGAGGCACUAGACAAAACGUUGAAAGACAUAAUGUCUAGGAAAAAUCCAAACGCAAUGGAUCAGACUUUUGGCGGCAAGACAGUUCUGUAA